GCCUAACAUAAAAUCGAAGUUGCGGCUUCCACGAUAAAUAAAUUCUAGUAUAAAUUUAUAAAUUCCUAAAGAGAGCGUGACUGCCGAUCUGCUAUAUGAUAUCUAUGAUAUCAUUGUUAGCGCAGCAAGAAAUCUAUUGCUGCAUUACUGUGAUACGAAAUUUAGAUUCUAAUUUGGAAUUUCAUUUCUUUUUUCCUUUUUUAUCCUCAUUGAAAAAUAUAUUAUAUAGUAACGCAAAUAGCGCCAAUAUCAACAAUUUAUUUCUACUCAGAAAUUUCUACUUUGAAAUAUAGCAACAUAAAAGAUGAAUAAAGGAAACGAAGCCCAAGUUCCAAUAGAAUCUGAAUUCAAUAAUUUAAACAUCCUUGACAAAGAUUCUAAUUCAAUGAAUAUUGAUCAUAAAAAUUGUCCUUAUUGCAAUAAAUCAUUUACCAAAGAAUUAUGGUCAAUAUGGUGUAAAGAAUGUGAUCCAUUUAUGAAUAUUGAAGGAUGGUCUAGUGGAAAUAAUGAAAUUGAUAAACUUAUCAAAGAUACAAUUUAUGAUGCGAGAAAUGAGAAUCGUAACUUUCCUGAAUGGGUACCAUCUU